UUCCAAUGAAGUUGUCCGCGAGCGUGUUAACGUUUCGUCUUUUUUUCUCAUUUGACUUCGUACAUCGUCGACAAAAUGACAGGAAUUCCCUCGGGGCUGAAAAUAUGCGAUGCAAUCUAAAUCCACGAUCACCGCCAGCCACGAGAACGAGGAAAAUGAAUCGAUGGAAGAGUCUGUUUUCGAGCAGAUAUGCGACACGAUAUUCGUUCUGAUACCAGAAGUGCCGCGACUGAAGCAGCUGUUCCUAAGUUGGAGCCAGCUAGGCACCGAAGACAGAGUACAAUUAGACGCGAAAGUGGCCAACUGGUGCUGCCCUAACAGGCGACAGCUAUACAAACCUUUGCAAGAGGCGUUGGUUCGCUGGGAAACUGUACAGGACACUCAAGGCGCUCCCGGUUGCGAGCCAGGUAUGGUCUCGUUUUCCUGUGAUCCUCAACUGGAGGAGGAGUUGGUCAGCGUUAUUUACAGCCUGGAACUUUUGUUCAGCAAAAAUCGACGAGGCAGAGAGAUCGAUAUGGACUACGAAAUUGGUCGAUGCACGGAAUUAAGAAGAGAGAUGUCCUUGAAUCUAAACUGCGAUGGAAAUCUAUGCUCGAUUCUCGGUGCAAAAGACAGGACACCUCACUCUGUGCAUAGUUGCAGCUACAUAGCCGAUUUUAAACGACCUGACGAAGAACUGAGCGGUUAUCUGACCAAUUAAGGAUCGAUCGUUAUAUUUCAGCUCAUUUUCAUCUCUGACGUUCUGUCUAAAUUUAUCGAAAAUUCUCUAAAUGUAGAAACACCGAUCCUUUCUUUUGCGGACACCUUGUAUACGGUUAUUCUGGAUGAAUUUCUUUAAUAGGAGAGACGAAGUAGUAUAAAGUAUAACGCAAGUGCCAACAAAUAUAAAGAAGCGUAGUUAACUAGAGUAGUUUGAAAAGAGGUUAGGUUUCUUUGCGAUAAAGAAUUAUUUUUCAAGGCAUAGCCAAUGAAAUUUUACGAUGAAAUUAUAAAUACACCGGGAAAAACUAGUUAAUAAGAAACCAUUCGAACGACAGCGAUUUUAUCGAAAAUACCAGAGAUAAUAUUUUAUCAAACGAGUAUUAUAGUUCUGUUGAUUAAAAAUACAAUGUAUGAAAUAAACUGCUAAUUUAUCUGGCUUACUGUAAUAAAAGCGAUAAAUACUUGUCAAGGUAAAGAUUAAUUAAAAAUAACUCGAUUCGGAUGAAUCUGCUAUCUAAGAUAAACUAAAAGUAUCUAAAAAAAAUUGAAAGAAAAAGAGGAAAAGUUACUUUAGAAAAUUAUCAAAAUAAGUUGACAAUUAAUUAGCGACAUAAAAUGUUUUAUUAUAACCAUCGUUAUACGGUCAAGGUGUACGAGCAUACAUUUAGAUAACAUGAUUCAAUACGAUAAUGAAAGAUGUCAUAAAAUCGUAUGUUAAUUCUCGCCACAAAAGUCACCUUGCCUAUCAUCAACACUAUUCAUCUCGUAUCAAUCCUUUUUUUCGUUAUCAUUUUUUUCUUUUUAUCAUUUUCUGUUUUCUUUUCUAAUACAUUUAUUACACAGCAGUAAUGAGUUUAUUCAGGACGAACACUGUUUCUUACGAGAGAAAGGUAAACGUUAUGUAAUACGUGUACACAUGAAUUAACCGCGAGAGCAAGGAACAUCCUUCAUAAUCUCUCACUUCGUUAUUCUUCGGACUAUAGUUUUGUGCAGCUUGGCAAACCAACGGGAACGCAGCCCUUAAUCGUUCACGACACUCAUCAUCUUUAAUUAUUAUUUACAGAAACGUCAUUUAAAAUCAGACUGAUUUCGAGUUGGAUCCAAUGCGGUCCCUGACUUCGGUUCCUUCGUUAAUACGCCAAAAAUUUGCCUCAAUGAACAAUGUCUAGGAGAACUUAACUUAUUCCAGAUCGCAUCAGGCUGUUAAGUACCAUAAUAGCUCGCUAGAUGGCGGCUACAACGCUUUAGAAGAAUCUCGAGUGGGAUCUGGAAUAAUUAAAGUCCCUUUUUUAUAUUUUUUUCCUUUUUCCAUUUUUACAUUUUUGUUUUUUUUUAGAAAAAUUCACGAGUCUAGGACCACAAAGGAGGAAAGUUUCCUGUUUGAAACACGAUUAGCUAUUCUCCUUGCGGAGGAGAGGGUCGCUCGAGGUCGAAUUCAGUUUGAAUCACAGCUGUCUGACAACUAUCAUCCAAUAGUUUGAUUGGACGAGUUUCUAUUGCUACUAGUUUAUUUAUUAUUAUUAUUAUUUUUUAUUUUUUUUUUAUUUUGGACGAUAUCCAGCUUCUAGGGCCUUGACGAAACAACUCUCGAAGAAACACUCCAGGCAGUGACUGUUCUCUAGCAUUCUGUGGUUUCUUGAAACUUCAAAGACGUCUGAAUUUCAUUUAAACGAGAUUGCUGUCGAGUUGAACGUGGUGUCGCCGGGUUUUCUUCAUAGAAGAAAUCAUCUGAGGGGAGUUUGUAUAAUAGUGACGAUAUUGCACAAUCUCGCACUGAUACUUGGACACGCGAGUCUGAAUUUAUAAAAAGUCCAAUUUUGGCGACACCAAUCUCUCUCCUCGAGCUGUUUCGCUAUUAUGGCCGUGAUACUUGUACUUGAACUCUGGCUCGUUCUUCAAGAUUACAUAGCACAUCUGCAAGCAGACUGUUUAUUUGUCUUGUCUCAACCUAACUUAGGUUUCUUGUGUUCCUUUCUUAAAUUAGAAAACAGUCCGCCCUAAGCACCUUGAGGAGUUUCAAACUGACAAUUAUAAUUCUUUUCGGGGCUCUUCUCUUGCACAAUUAAAUUGAUAUUGUUAAGCUAAUGAAUUCCAAUUACACGUCAUAUUGAUUACAAAAGAUAGAAUACAACAAUUCGUUCAAUUCGCUAAAUACUACAACACUUACAAUCCAAUUACUAUAAACUGUAAAAAAAAUUGAGUUUAACCAUGAAUUUGUUCCACAGUGUUAUAGCAUCUAUAGUCCAUUACUAAUGAUAAACAAACGAAACCAGUAAGUAAAAUUUUGUUCGCUUCGCUAAAUAUAAUAAUAUUGACAGUGCAAUUGUUAGUUACAUUAAUAACCAAUUAUGCAAGAGGGCCAAUUGUCCGACCAGUUGCUCAGAUACAAGUAUCCUCAACGAGUGAGACUCGACCAAUCCAGUGUCAACGAGAUCCCUGGGUUCGGUCAGGACAGCUUGCACUUGCUUCAUCCUUCGAUCCUUCCACGAAAAGCGAAUACUUUGAAACUGCGCUACAACGCGCAUCAGCUAUAUAGAGACUGAUUCUCCAGAUUGAGAGAAAGAAUUUUGUAUUCAAGCCUUGCUUCUGUCCCUUUACGAGACACUGAAUCAUCUUUACUCGUCAACUUUUAGGUUUAGAUUUCUAUCUAUGCAUAACACAGGCCAAGAACUAUUGACAAGACUUUUGAUAAUUUUCGUUGAGACGAUUAGAGAGAGGAGCCAAGGCUUUCUUCCAUUUUCUCUCUUCAAGACGCGUGUGUCAUCCUCGUUUUCACUUUAUCUAAACGGUACGCUUAGUUUAAUCGAUAUUCAGUUGAUAGUACCAUACCAUGUGUGCCGCUAAAUAAAUACGUUUAUUGACGAACGUCCAUCGACAAACAUUUGCUACAGUCUCUUGUUUGACAGCGUUUUAUUGCUUAGAGGAAAACGUGUUGCAAGUAGACUGUGGACAUUUAGGCAAUUUUGCGUUCUUCUUGUUUUGGGUGUUGUACAAGUGAAAUGAUGGAAUUUAGAUAGAAAUUUCGCUAGUUUACCUUGGAUAUUCUAGAUAUUUUUGUAUACGUGUAUUCCGUUCAGUUUUGCACAUUUAAAUUUCAUAUGAAUGCAGAAAAAUCCGCAGUCUAAUCGUGACACUUAUGUUUUCAAAAAGAUAAGACACCACGAAGAACAGCGACAUCUAUCAAAUGGACGUUCUACCACUAUCAGCUAUCUUCGCAGCCGUUUUGAAAGGUAACGCAUAAAUUAUACCACGUUUGUAAUUAUAAUCAACCAUUUAUAGUUGAUAAAAUCCAGCAGAAAUUAAUCGUUACGUGAACCUAAAAGGUAUGGUCCCGAAGUGAGGUUCUGGCCAUUUAAAAGUCGCACCAUCGUGAAUCAGUUUAUAGAAGCAGGAUAGCGACGUCCAUGGGAUUUUCGGGGAAAAUAAGAUCAGGUUUCGGUUAUUACACUAAAAGUUAUACUCCUGUUACGCUACACAGGCGCAUAAAUGAUUGAAUGACUUAAAUAAAAACUAACGAAUUAAACGUACGAGUAAAAACACAUUUGCCCAUACUAGAGGCUAAAAAUUAUACACACGAUUCAACUGAGUACCAUACACGCGCCAUUAUACACGAUAUUCUAUAGAUGAGACUCUCACCGCGAACCAAUAACGUUUCUCAUACUUUCUUCCCUUUUAUAUUUUUUCUUCGCUUUUCUUCCUUUUCCACCAGCAAGAUAUCAAGUUCGUAUCGAAUAUUUUUGUUCUUUUUUUUUGUUUUUUUUUUUUGCUAAGUGAUAUUAGUUUUUCUUCUUGAUACGAACCCUUCUUGCAUAGGAAAUUGUUUCAGUGUUUUUGUACGCGGAGGAGCGGCUUAGCUAACAUAAAA